AUGUUAUACGUCUUUGGGCUCGUCAUUGGCAACAUCGCACACACGCUCGCUAAAAGUGUUCGAAAUGACCAAACUGGAGGAUUCUUGAACCAGAAAGGCAUUCAGUACGCUGGAAUUACCGACAAAAGUGGCCCUUUGGGGGUAGAAAUUGGUGGUAGUGACACUAGGCUUGACGGACUCUCCACCAAUCUCUACAGGCAGUUGAUGAAUGACGUGAGCGGCAGCGUUGCCAAUAAAAGUGACGGUGGAAACGGCCAAUCUGAUGAUUUCAUCGACGGAGCCGACUCCAGUGCCUCUGGAAGCAUCGCAAGAAAUGACAACAUUACCGUUUUAGAUCCAGCCUAUAUCAAGCGAGUAGAGCUCGAGAUUAAAAUGACAUAUGGAGAGCGCGAGCUUGCCUACUUUCGGAACAUGAUUAAAGAAUUCCAAAAGAGCUCGGAAAGUGAAGAUACAGAUCCACUAGUUGAUGAUUCCACAAUGGAUCACAUGAAGGAACACUUUCAAGACAGGUAUGUCGAAGACUACAAGGCGCUUGAUGAUAAAUCGAGAAUGACAAAGGACUUGGAGACGGCCAGGAUCCUAGUAAAGAUAAUAAAGAAUGAAUUUGCCAAGUUUGGAGGAAUCCAGAAGAAAUACCUGGAACCAAAUAUUGAAAGAUUCACACAAAUUAAAGCAAUCGCAGAUUCUUUUGGAGAAAACACAGAUACUCCGUGUAGAACACAGGCAGGAUGUCGUAGAUUGGAAAUUCUCAUUAACCUGUGCACAUAUAUCAGAGGUGGAACCCAGUUUGCCUAUGAUAUUUUUGCCACAAUGGUCCAUGUGCUCGGAAGCAUGCUCUCCGUGUUAUGUGGAUGCGUUUUUAUCGGCCCCGUUCACAUUUGCUUUCUCAAGAAUUUUCCGGAAUGGCUAAAAUUAGAACUAGAUAAAUUAUGUGGUACAUCAGGAUGUAGAUGUAACAAAAAACCACAUUACCUCAGUGUUACAGCCACAAAGGAGAUCAAUAAUCCUACAAGAGGCUAUGAUAAGCAUAUUCAUACUCUUUCAAAAGGAGGAACAUUCACGUUAUACAAUGUGAAGUAUAAUGAAGAAUUGAUUUUUAGUGAUGGGCUUGAUAAUGUUUUUGGUGUUACAGAAGUCUCUGUUUACUAUGGUGGAGAAAAACGUGACAUACCAUUUAUCAUAGAAAUUAACAACGGAGGAAAACAGUACUACUUUAACGAAAAUCCUUCUUCCACUGGGUCAAGAAAUACGGUGUGGACUCGAAAGAAUGAUCUAAAUAAACUUGACAAUCUUAAGGAGAAAUUAGAGGAACUAAGCUGUAAAUCUUCCAAUUCGGCAGCAUUAGACAUCUUAAAGCAUAAGAACAGAGAUUAUUACUGCGAUAAUAAAGUAAAUGUAAGUGGACAUAAACUUAAAGGUGCAAAUGAUAUGUAUGAAUUCAAGCAAACUUCUCAAAAUAACCAACCCUUUAAGGUCCAUUCAAUCCAAUAUAAUGGUACAGAGAUUCCCAUACCAAUACCUCCGGAAGGAGUCAAGGAGAUUUCCACAUUUUAUUGGAAACAUCAUCUAGGAAAACCACUAGUGGUCAAGGUUUUAGAUACUAGAAAUCAGCCCACAUAUUAUUUCAAUGAUGGCAGAGUUGGUUUGCAAUGGGAUAAAAGAGAUAAAGACAAAAUUGGUGAAUUGAAUAACGCUAUAGUAGAGCAUAAUUGCUUACGUAAUAGAACAACCACAAUUGAUAUAUCCAAUAGAGAUAAUGGUAAAAAAUACUGUUGUACUAAAGAUUGUGAGAAUAGGAGGAUCAAGGUUACAGAAAAUAAUUUGGACGAUGUAUUCCCGGGAUUCACUAAUUACGAACAUUCUUCAGAUGAUAAGCUCCCAUUCACAAUUGGUAGAAUUAUGAAAGGUGGCGAAAAGCAAAAGGGCAUUCUAUUCCCCAUUAAAAAUGCAUAUUCUGUUUCUGUGUAUUAUGCCACAAGCUGUAAGGAACAACCUAUUUUCCUGGAAAUUUUAUAUGCUAAGGAUGGAUACAGAGAGUACAAGUGGUACCAAAGGAUCACCCAGAAUGGUUGGGACCUAUUGGAUAUUCCUGAGAAUGAAGACCAAAUUAACAAAGAUUUGAGAGAGAACUUUCGUAAGGUGGCCAAAUUACUCAGUGAGAACAAAUGUAACCCAAAUAGCCUCCCUGAGGAUAGUACAAAAUCGUUCAGAGAAUAUCCAGAACCAAAUGGCAAACUAACUUCUCCAGAUAAAGUCUUUGAAGAUCUAAAAAAACAUAUUUCCAAUACAGAAUUCACACCUCCCAUGGGACUUAAAGAAGAAGAGGAAGAAGACCAAGCUAGGAAGCAGGCUAACCUUGAGGGGAAAAAAUAUGUUUUCACUCUUCAAAAAUUAGAUAAACUGAAGAUGAAACCCGGAAAGACUCCACCAAACACUAAAAAACUGAUGCAGAUAGCGGUUAAAAUUGUGAAUGAAGUUAAACAAGAACUACCAGCUCUUGUUCCUCCACCACUCACUCCUAUACCUGCAGCUAGCACAGCCCAUUCAUCCGGAGUUAUCAUAGAUAUACAGAAGAGUCCUAGCAAUGGAAAAGGACAUGAUACAUAUACUUUUGGAAUAUCCGAUCAAAAGGUUAAGUUGGUAAAGUCUGUAGACCCUCCUGGUUCUGGCUUCGUAAAACUCACGCACACCAAGAAUGAUUCUGGUAUAGGACCUUUUACUGUUGAGAAAGUCAUAUUUGGAGAAGAGAAUAAUGACACUACGGCUGGUUUAAAACUCAACAGUGGUAAUAGUAUUAAACACUUGGCUGUAUGGUACUGGAAAGAGAAGGGAGGAAUUGAAAACCCUCUUUUAGUGGAAAUCAUAGAAAGUAAUAAUAAUUAUAAGUAUCAUGCAAACAAAGGAGGUUGGAAUCAAUGGUAUCCACAUGGAGAAUCCCAACUCCAAGGCGAGGAACUUGAACAAAAACUGGAUGAUCUUAACUGUAAUCUCAACAAAGCGGUUACAAUGGAUAUUACAGAAAUUUCUAUCAGAAACCGAUCACAUUCUUGUGGAAAUAAGAUUGAAGUUAGUUCCCAGUCAAUAACACUUAUCUCUAAUUCUAUUGUAUCAACCAAUACGUCUUCCAUAAAGUAUUCCAUUCAUAAAAUUCAAGAUAAAGGAUAUAAACUUGCGAAGAUAAAGUAUUAUCUUCAGGGUCAGUUAAAUGAAAGGAAAAGAAUAAAAGCCGAUGAAUUAAAAUUUCCCAUAGAAGGCCCUGUAGAUAUAUACACAUUCUACUGUGAAAAUAACCCAAUCCUCAUAUAUGUUGAUGCUUUUGGACAGAAAAAGUGGUACAAAAGACAGAACAAGAACAAUCAUGACAGUAACUGGGUGGUAGCCGGUGAACUUGAUGGUGUAUUACCGGAAAAGAUUAAGAAUAGAGACUGCGAGAACUGGGAGAAACUAAAAGGGGUCUAUACCGGUUUGAAUUGCACGAUCGGUGAUUGCUCCAUUAUCCCUGGCUCCAAAUUUUCUAGUGGCUCUACAACCAUAAAAUUUACAUCCUUACCUCCACCACAAGUAAUCAUUAAACUCUCAGAAAAUAAAAAUGCAAUUGGUGGAGAAACUACGUAUAUUGCUCCUACUGAAACUCCUAGUGUUACAAUUAGGGUCACAGAAACCACUUACCCUACCCAGGACUUCCUCAAGUACGAACAUACUCUAUAUCCUAAUAAAGACGAAUUCACACUAAAGGGAGUAUUGGAUGAUGAUGGAAAGGAAGUUGAAGGAACUGGUGGAAAGGUUACCUCCGUUUCUGCUUAUUACUGGACCGGUAAUACUGAUAGGGCCCUCUUGGUAGGGGUUACUACUAAUGCUGGAAUUAAUACAUACUAUAGGAACAGCAAAAAUGGUAGCUGGAAACCAUACACUCUUAGAGUCUCCUCUGAUGGUAAACCUACUAAGGAGGAGUUAGAGUUGCUCAAUUGUGAGAUUAACGACGUUGUUCAAAUAGAUGUUACAAAGACUUCUAAGUACUGUCAUGAUGGACAUGGAGGUAGUUAUAUUAAGAAAGUAAAAGUUACUGAUACCACUCCCGGGGAGAAUCAGCUUGCUAUGUACAAGGCUUAUGAACACACUCCUAGUGGAGGAUCAUUUAUCAUAUCUGCCUUCAAGAAAGGUGGUGUUGCCCUAAAACUGGAUGGUUUGGAACCUCUUCCUCUCAAAAAUGCUACUAGAGUUGUUGUCUAUUUCUGUAGUAACAGGACAUACAACCCCCUUCUAAUUUACAUACCAAAAGCAAUAGUAUCUGAGAAAUGGUUUCAGAGUAAUGAUAAGGGAAAUACUUGGAAAACAAUAGACUCUAAAGUUCCAGAGAAUGAGAACGAUUACAAUAAGAUACUGAGAAUACUAGAUGAACUGAAUAGUGAUUGUAAGCCACCCUCUGUCACUAUAGAUAUUUAUGAGAGGGACCACCCUAAAAUUUUUACUACUUAUAGAAGUCCUCCUUUCACUAUUGAGGUGAGACAGAAGGAGCUACCAGGAAUCACAAGCUUCACUGAAUAUGUUCAUACCAUCCAUGGUAGAACAGGGAAUUACUUUACUGUUAGUGACUUCAAAGAUAGUACCAAACCUAUCACAGAAAGAGAUUUAACAGGAAAUAUGGAGUAUGUUGAUAGUGUUUCAGUAUUCUACUGGACUCCCCUGGAAAAUCCUAAUAGGCAGGAUUAUACAGAUAAGAGAGGCAGACCCUUACUCAUCAAGAUGACCAAUAAGGCACCAGGUAUACUAUCCACUGACAAAUGGUAUGAAAAUAAAGGUGAACUUUCCGGAGAAAACAAUAAAUGGAAAAAAAUAGACUCCGGCUUGUUCACUAAACUGGCUCUAGAAAAUAAACUCAACCUUCUCAAUUGUAAACUUAAUAAUACAGUAAUAAUAGACAUUAGUAAGAAUCAAAACGGAACUUAUGACGCCUGCAAGGAUAAAACUUUUGACACUUCUCACGAUAAAGAUAAGAUGACCGUUUCUGAAGAACUGUCCAACUCUACUCUCGGAGAGUACAAGGUCUAUAAGCAUACUCUCAACAAUGGUUCUGGAAAACUAUUUCAUGUUGUAAAGUUUGUUAACGGUAGAGUAACUCUUAACAAUAUUGGACCAACUCCUGACAACCCAAUUCUAGAUGUAAAAGAAGUAAGAGUUUACAUGUGUGAGAAGGAUAAAAUUACUCCGCUUUUAGUGUAUUAUAACCAUACCCUCAGUGAAUUUACCGGUCUGAAUACUCAUCUCAAGUGGUACCAGAAUAAGGAUAUUGAUAAUGACAGUGAUAAAUGGGAACUGGUUAAAGACACUCAACUAAGUUCUCCAGAAAAUCACGGAGCAAUCCUCGAUGUACUCAAUUGUCUUAAAAGUACAUGUCAACCUGAAGAACCUCCUGUUGCUGAACAAUUUGGUGCCGGAGUUGAACUUGCUGCUGCUGGUCUAAGCUCAUGGGCUAUCUUUGGAGGCUCUACCUCUGGUACUCUUGCCGGAGCUGGUGGUCUUACUGGACUUGGUUGGUGGGCAUUUAAGCGUUCUAGAGGAGAUCCUUGGGUUAGACAGAUUUAA